GCCGGGACGCCGCGAUCCUCCUCAGUCGUCGGUCCUUACUUUGAGGAGCAACACGUCGGACGCCGUCUGUCCAUCCUACGUCGAACCGAUGACCCGCGACUCCGGGACCUACGACUGCGGCAAGCGGCGCUGGAGCCCGACGGCGAAUCCAAGAAACCAGGAAAGGAUGGCACCUAAUAUUACCAGUACUCCGACGGGGGUGCUCUUCGAGGACGAGACCAUCGAAUUAGAGCGGACCGGCCAGGAGACCGAGAUCCUGAAGGAGAAGCGCAGCUACACGAGGAGCAUCGUCUGGAAGAACGUCCUGAUCUUUUCUUAUCUUCACCUGGGAGCUCUCUAUGGACUCUACCUCGUAUUCACGUCCGCUAAGCUGGCCACCACUUUCUUCGCCUUCCUGCUGUACCAGUGCACCGGUCUGGGAAUCACUGCAGGCGCGCACAGACUUUGGGCUCACAGGUCCUACAAGGCGAAAUGGCAACUCAGAUUGAUUCUGAUGAUCUUCAACACCAUUGCCUUCCAGGACGCAGCCAUUGACUGGGCCAGGGAUCACAGGGUGCAUCACAAGUACAGCGAAACCAAUGCUGACCCACACAAUGCGAAGAGGGGCUUCUUCUUUGCCCACGUCGGUUGGCUCCUGUGUCGCAAGCAUCCCGAUGUCAAGGAAAAGGGAAAAGGAAUUGACCUCAGCGACCUCAAGAGCGACCCCAUUUUGAUGUUCCAGAAAAAGUACUACGUACUUCUUAUGCCGCUGUUCUGCUUCAUCCUACCCACCGUCAUUCCUGUAUUCUGCUGGAACGAGACCUGGUCGAAUGCUUACUUCGUCGCGGCCAUUCUCCGCUAUGUCUUCACUCUCAACAUGACGUGGUUGGUGAACUCUGCCGCCCAUCUCUUCGGUGGAAAACCCUACGAUAGGUUCAUUAACCCGGCACAAAACAAGGGAGUUGCCGCUAUGGCGCUGGGCGAGGGCUGGCACAACUAUCACCAUGUAUUCCCGUGGGACUACAAGACGGCCGAGCUCGGGAAUUACAAGUACAACACCACGACGGCGUUCAUCGACUUCUUCGCGAAGAUCGGCUGGGCCUAUGAAAUGAAGAGCGUUAACGUGGACACGAUAAAAAGGCGGGUGGAGAGAACCGGAGACGGCACCCACGAAUUGUGGGGAUGGGGAGACAAGGACCAGCCGAGCGAGGAACGAGAAAAGGCUGUAAUCACGCACCAUGGAAAGGAGCAGUAACCGUGAACGGUCCUCGUGUAACCGUCUACUCCGAAGAAGGCCGAUUUAAUUUCCAGUUUUGCCACAGGUCACUGUUUAACCUCGAUACACGGCGGUGAUGAGUCGAGUCUCGGAGAGAAAUCUGAUUUGCGGAAGAGACCUCUCCUGUCGACCCCAGACCAAAGAGGCGGACCUAGAUCGCUAAUAGUUCGGUUGAUCCGAGGCUACGAAAUCUUACGUCUGGUUCCUCGGGCCCUUAGGAUCCCAGAUAUUUCAGAUACUCGACUCGAUCAUCCCUAUACUUGUGAUGCGCCGAAUCGAUGAAUCAUUCGAUCAGGCCGAGAGGAAGAGAGAGCGCGUCUUGCAUCAACAACCUCGACGGUUUUUCGACCAAGCCCAGCAGGGUCCUCGGUGUUUAACCGUUCUCCUUCGCUAUGAAAUGUUAGAGUUAGAAUGUCAGGCUACACGUCAUCGGUCUUGUAUUGCAUUUCCAUUGUCGAUUUAAUUAGGAUUUGAACAGGUGAAUUGGACCUCGGGGAAAUCGCUUUAAACGUACCCAGAAUAAAUGGAUCUCGCGUAAUCACUGGUCUCGGAAGGCCCCUCAUCUGCAGAAACGUAGGUUCAGAAAAAGUACUCUUGCAGUAAUUUACACAGUGAGAUCGAAUGGCAUUUAAAUGAGGCACGAGUCCUAGAAAAAUUGUGAUAAACGGAUACAGCAAUUUAUGACUCGUUUACGAGUGUCGCGUACUUCAUGUUUUUUUUUUCCUUCCCUUGUCGGUUUCGUUUACGUUACAUUCUUUCACAGAGGAGGUGCAUCGUUCUUCUACAUAUAGUCCCUUAGUUUAUAUAUCUCCGAAACUUGCUAAGAAAAAUAAAGACGGCGCGAUGCAUCCGGCUCGAGACGUG